CUUUCCAUCUGCUUGCACCUGGGGUUUUUUUUUGUGAAAGCUUGUUUCAUUUGGACAAGACUUCAUUUCCCAAGGGAAGCCUUCUUGCCUCCAAUAGCUGCUUCUUGGCGUCUUUCCUGAUCUGCAGUGUACACCAGCUGAGCUCCUCGUAUCUCUUGGGAACCGGGGGGGGGGGCAUCCAUGGAUGCAGGACAAAGUCCUUGGUGCAGCACAGUUAAGCUAUGGAACUCCCUCCCACAGGAGGCGGGGGGGGGGGUCGCCAGCUUGGAUGGCUCUGAAAGAGGAGGGGGAAAAUUCAAGAUUGCAACAACAGGAUAUCAUAAAAAGAGGAAUCCGGCAAUCUCUGAGAUCAGCGAGAGCCUCACCAUAAAAUGCCUGAGGUUCCUUCACAAAUUGGCAGCCAGCCCCCCUCUGGACUCCCUCACCUAUUGCAGGCCCAAAAAGAGGGGGGCAGGAGGGAGAGGAACACUUAUGGGGCUCGGGUAGGAGGCCAGGAGAGGACUCCCAAGUGGUGCUAGAAGCAGGAGCCCCACGGCCUCCACCCCAAAGGCCUUGGUUGGUGGGGGCACUAUAGGGAGAGCUCCAAGAAACAGCACACCCCCCCCCCCCGCAUAUCUCGGUUGGAAAGGAGCGGCUGGGAGCACGUCGAGACAUGCCGAAGGAAGCAGAGCCCAGUCCUGCCACGUCCAGCAGACCGCUGCCCAAGCAAUGGCAUGCGGAAGGCGGGCUAAAGGGCCCCUGCAGGACCCAGGAGUCCGGCCGCUCCCUCUCUCGUAGUCCCGCCUCCCUCUCAGGUUUCCAGCCGUGGGGACACCUGGAAAAAAUUGCUGGGGGGCGGGGAGCACAGAAGGGAUGAAGUCUAUUUGUAGGCCGGGGUGUGACGCACACCUUAAUAUCUCUGAAAGAAGUACAACAGCCCCUGUUGUGACGGAGUCAAGCAAUGGGGGGGGGGCUCCUUGGUUGGGGACCUCCCGCCCCCCGUCACCAGCGGAGAUGCGGCCGCCGGUGCCCUUUUUUGGGCGCCUUCAGCCACCAGCUGAAAUAUAACGGGAGCUGAGAUGGAGAAGAAGGAACAGUUGUUCGCCCCGUCGCAGCUCGGCAGCGCCGCCCCCGGGAUGGACGCCGAGGCAGCCGUCGGUUGUCGCGGGACAGGGGCGAGCGAGUCUUCCUGGACCUCGCCAGCCUUGCUUUGUGGGGGCAAGCCAGGACUGUCCACUCCGGUGGGGAGCGGGAGGGGCGUCGUCGGUGGCGGCCCUUUCCCGUCGGGGCUUCUUUGAAACCUGCGUGAGCUGCGGGGCAGAGACCUGGCCUGGGCAGCAACAAGGCGGUGGGGAAGGGAAGGGAGGAGGGGCGUCUGGGCGCCACCCUCGCCUGGCUUUCUCGGUCUUAUCCCUCCGCGUGCUAGCUCUGGGCUUCAUCGGGAAGAGGCCGGUGCUCCCGCCCCGUCCCUUGGCGCUCAAGCCCUCAGGUGAUACGUCUAGAGCCAGGCUGGGUGGGGCACGUCCGAGGCCGCCCCCUUCCGAUGACUCCCUGACGCCGUGGGCUGGGAGCGGACAUCCCCGACGGCUCUCGACGCGCCUGUACUGUACUCUCUUCUCUUCCUACCGACAAUGGUGACCGUCCGGAGCUCUCCCGCCUCGCCCACAGACUGGACGGGCCCCGCGGUGACCCCCGACGCCGCCGCCGCCUCCCUCUCGACGUCUCCUCUGCCCCCGGACCCCGCGGCUGCCUCGCCGCCGCCUCCGCUGCCGCCGCCCCCGCCGCCGCCCGUCGGCUUGAGCCCCGGAGCGCCACGGGCCUGGCCGGGCGGGGAGGGGUGCUCGGGGCGGCGGGCGGCGCGGCUGCGCAACUUCAACUGGGAGGCCAUCCCGGCAGAGCGCAUCCGGGGGCGCCACAACCUCUGGACGGCGCCCGGGCGGCGUCGGGGCGACGGCUUCCCGCUGGACCUCGCCCUCCUGGAGGAGCUUUUCGGGCAGCGCCCGGAGCCGUCCGGGGGGAGCCUGCGGGGGCAGCCGCCGGCAGAGCAGGUCUCCCUGCUGGACUCCAAGAAGAUUCUGAACCUGGGCAUCUUCCUCAAGCAGUUCAAGAGGCCAGUCCAGGAGAUUGUGGCCGAUAUCCAGGAUGGAGCAGGAGCCCUUUACGGGGCGGAGAAGCUGCUGGAGUUGACAAAGAUGCUGCCUGAUGCGGAGGAGGCCAAGAAGCUGGCUGCGUUCCGAGGCUGCCAGAGCCGCCUCUCGGAGGCUGAGGUCUUUGCCCUGCUCCUCGUCCAGGUGCCCAGCUACGUCCACCGCCUGAAGCUCCUGGUCUUGCAGGAGGAGUUCUUCCCCCAGCUCAACUCGCUGCAGUCGGCCAUCCAGAUUCUGACAGAGGCAGCCCUAGAGUUGUUGGAGUGUGAGGAGCUGCACGAACUCCUCCAGCUGGUGCUGAAGGCAGGAAACUACAUGAAUGAGGGAGGCUACGCUGGCUCUGCGCUGGGCUUCCGCAUGUCCUCGCUGCUGAGGCUCACGGACACCAAGGCCAACCGGCCAGGAAUGGACCUUCUGCACUUUGUUGCCCUGGAGGCAGAGAAGAAGGACCCGACUCUCCUGCACUUCCCCAGCAAGCUGCAGCACGUGGGGCCUGCUUCGCGGAUCGUUGACCAGGAGGUGAUGGUGGAGCUGGAGAGCCUGGGGCAGCGUCUUCUGAGUGCCCAGGGGGAGCUGGAGGGCCUGGGUCUGGGCGCCCAGGUGGGGCCCUUUGUGCAGGUGGCUGCGGUGGAGCUGCAGGCCGUCAGGGCCUCCCAGGAGGGCCUGAGCCAGACCGCGGCCACCCUGUGCGACUUCCUCUGCGAGGACCCCGAGACCUUCAACCUGACUGAGUGCUGCCGCAUCUUCCAGUCCUUCGGAGAGCGGUUCCUGGCUGCCGUGCAGGACAACCAGGCUCGGGAGGCCGCCGUGUGCCGGCAGCAGCGCCAGGAGCGUGAGCGCAAGGAGAAGCAGAAGCGGCGCUCCAUCGCCAGUUGCUCAGCCCGCGACCCUGGUCUGCAGGACGUGGAGCUAGACCUCUUCUUCCUGCGGCCCCCCCGCUCCCGGAGGCGCAACCGGUCCCAGCAGGGCCUCCGCCUCGCCCUGGAGAGCCCCCAGAGCACCAGAGAGAGGCGGAGACACACGCUCACCGCCCUGCCCCCCUGCACAGAGCCCCCCAGGCCAGCAGAGCCAGAAGCCGCCCCGGCCACCCCCACCCUCCCCCCAGGCUGUGGCAAGAAGGCCGGGGGGCUCUUUGGGCAGGGUCUCAAGGCCUUCCUCAGGUCCCCCCCAUGGCCACCGUGGCCGCCUCCCCCCAAGGCCCUGCCUCGCCCGAAGCCCCCAGCGGCUUCCGCUUCCCCACCCUCUUCCAGAAGAAGACCCCCCAGGAGGGCCCAGAGCUCCCCACCUCCCCCCUGGCUUCCCCCAAGGACGUCUCUGCUCUGGUGGGCUUCUUCCGCCGCCUGAGUGUGGGGGAAAAGCCACGGCAGGGAGCCCAGCUCUGAGGGUCCCAGGGCAAAGCUGCUGCCAGGCAACCCCUCCCCACAGAACAUGGGGGGCCAGUUGGGGGGCCCUUCUCUCCCGCUGCCCACCUUGUACCGCCUCCACUCAAACUCUGCACUAGCCCAGAAGAACUGGUGUCUUGCUGCUCCCCUCCUGCCCCCCCCCGUCCUUGCAGGAUCAGCCCCCUUUUCUCAGGCCACAGAGCCAAGGGCUGCAGCCGGCAAUUUUAAAGUCUCUCCCCCCGCCCACCAAUAAAACACUUUUAUAUUCUCUCAUCUCCCCUUUUUAAAAACUGUUCUGUCCGUUGACACUCAAUAAACUUUUUUGGAGCUAU